AUUAUUGGGCGAAGUUGUCUGGUAUUUCCUCUUUGGUAUUGAUGGAUCCGAUCUUUGAAGACCACGACUACAACAAGUGAAACAAAUACAGACACUGUGCAGUGCAGACCCUUUCACCCAUCUCCAUCGAGUCUUCUCAACCCUCUUCACACCCAACUCUGCUUGCUCAUUUCACUGCAUAAAAAAGCUUUGCUUGCCUCUUCAGGGAGAGGUAAAGUUGGGGAUUUCGAUAAAACAAUCAUGUUGAAGCGGUCACCUGGUAGAACCCAAAGACCAAAAGGCAUCAAGAUAAAACAUGUUCUGCAGAUUCUGUUCUUGCUUGGUGUCUGCUUCUGGUUGAUCUACCAAAUCAAGCACUCCCAUGAUAAGAAGGAGGAAUAUGAUGAAAAGGAAUCAAAGGUUUCUGUUGGAACUCAAACUGGUGUCGAGAAUUUUAAACUAGGCAGGAAGGACUUACCUCGUGAGGAAGUGACUAGGAGUGAGAAGCCUGAUGAAGAGGAGGAAGAAGAAAGCAGAGGAGACGAUGAAGAAAUAAAGCAUGUGGAAGAAGAGCAAGAAGAGAACAGACAUGAAGAGGAAAACAAGCAUAAGGAAUUAAAGCAUGAAGAGGAUGAACAAGAAGAGCUAGAUAACAAAGGAGUAGCAGUAGAAGAUGAGGGGAAUGGAGGUGGAGAGGAUGAGAUUAAUGAGCGUGAUCAAGAGAAAAUUGAAGAAACGGAGCAUGAUGAUGAGUUCAUGGAUGAAGAAAAAGAAAGGGCAAAUGGAGUUGAUGAGGAGGGUAGAGGUAGGGAAGGUGAAGACAAAGAGCGGGAAAAUGGAGAUGAUGAGGAGGGUGGAGGUAGGGAAGGUGAAGACAAAGAGCGAGACAUAGAGAAUGAGAAUUCAUCAGAUGAUCAGGACCUUGAUGGAGGCAAUCUGAAUAAUCAUGAAGCCCGAGAGGAGCAUUACAAGGCAGAUGAUGCUUCCAGUGCAGUGUCUCAUGAUAUCCAGACAAUGGGCAGCGAAUCUCAGAAAGGAACUUUGGAAGAUCAAAAACAGAACUCAGAAAGAGAAGUUUUGCAACAGGAGAAUCAAUCCAAUAACAUGAUCAAAGAUACUGAUGUUCACGAAAAUAGCAGGUUAACAGUGGGAGAAGGUGAUAAAGCUGUCAAUGGUACCUCUUUGGUUUUGGAAUCUAGUGUAAGGAAGGAUGAUGAGAGCAGUACAACUGAGAGAGGGGAUAACUCGGUUUCAAAUUCAACACUGAUAUCCACAUCCGAUAAUCAACCAGUGGGAGGCAAUACCUCAUUAGAAAUGAGUACAGAAGCUAGCAAAAAUUCAGGUUCUAGUGUGGACUCUUCUGGUUCGGCAAUGCAAAUAACAGAGACAAUGAACUUAACUCAGGCACAGAAUGCAACUAGUGGCAAUGUAACCAUUGGAGGAGUUUCUAACUUGCAAACAGUUGAACUGGAACAGGCCAAUAACUCUACCAGCAUUUCUGAUAGGAAGCAAUCUGAUUCAACAGUCCCCACUGGGAUUGAAAAUGCAGAUGCAACUGCCUCCAACUCUAGUAAUUGGGAAUCUAAUAUACCGGAUGACAUCGUUACUGAAACAACGACUGGCUCGGAGAUCAACUCUGGGUCUUCAUUGACAACAAAAGAGAACCCUGAUGCAAGUCAAAAUGAGAAGUUGGACCCCAACAAUGAACCAGGUGGAAUUGACGAAGACUCUGGCCCUUCAGCUGUAAAUGGGACUGCAGAUGCUAUUCAACAUGAGACCAUUGAUUCUUCUGAUUCUUUGCUUGUCCAAGAUAUUAAGGACACACGCUUAGAUUUGGACACAUUGCCGGAUAUUACGACAAGAGAAAAUAACAUUGAAGAUGCUGCAGCAGAAUGAGAAUCCUGGUGGAAAGUACCGGCUGGGUUCUGAAGGGAGCAAAAGUUUUUUUCUGAUAUAUAUUUUGCCACUUUAUUUUUCUACCCCUGCCAUAGGUCGUUAAACGGUUUAGCGGGGAAAAGGUAGUCAUGUUAAUGAAGGUUAAAUUUGUAUUAGCUAAUGUAAACUUUCCCUUCGUGUUUUUGUAUAUUUUUAUCUCAACAUUAUCUGCCUUUUAUU